CAUGGCCCUCGGGCCGCCGGCGCGGCGCCCAUGCCCAGCGCGCAGCCUCGGCCGCUCGCCCCGGGCCGCCUAGCCCCCCGCGGGCGCGAUGCCGAACGCCGCCGGCCGGGACAGAGCGCUGAAGAUGUCCCUGCCCCGCAGGUCGCGGGUCCGCUCGUCCGUUGGUGAGCGGUGUUCCCGAGUGGCGUCCGGCCGGGCACCUUCAGUGUGCCCUGCAGAUACCUGUGACCCUGGUGACGACACGCGGCCCAGAAGGGAGAGGCCCUUGCGUGGAGUCCUAGGUGUGGCGACGUCUCAAGGACCCGUUCGUCCUUCUUCGGGCUACAGGAAGGCGGAGGAUGAGAUGUCCCGGGCCACGUCUGUGGGAGACCAGCUGGACGCCCCAGCGCGCACCAUUUACCUCAACCAGCCGCAUCUCAACAAAUUCCGGGACAACCAGAUCAGCACGGCCAAGUACAGUGUGCUGACGUUUCUACCUCGAUUCUUGUAUGAGCAGAUUAGAAGAGCUGCUAAUGCCUUCUUCCUCUUCAUUGCCUUAUUACAGCAAAUUCCAGAUGUAUCUCCAACCGGAAGAUAUACCACCCUGGUGCCAUUGAUCAUUAUUUUAACAAUUGCAGGCAUCAAAGAGAUUGUAGAAGAUUUUAAGCGGCAUAAGGCAGACAAUGCAGUUAACAAAAAGAAAACAAUAGUGUUAAGAAAUGGUAUGUGGCAUACCAUUAUGUGGAAAGAGGUGGCGGUGGGAGACAUUGUGAAGGUCGUCAAUGGGCAGUAUCUCCCAGCAGACAUGGCCCUCCUCUCCUCCAGUGAACCUCAGGCGAUGUGUUAUGUUGAAACCGCUAAUCUAGAUGGGGAGACGAACCUUAAAAUACGUCAGGGGCUGAGUCACACUGCUGACAUGCAAACAAGAGAAGUGUUGAUGAAGUUAUCUGGAACUAUAGAAUGUGAGGGACCCAACCGCCACCUCUAUGACUUCACUGGAAACUUGCACGUAGAUGGGAAAAGCCCUGUUCCCCUUGGGCCCGACCAGAUCUUAUUAAGAGGUACACAGCUUAGAAACACUCAGUGGGUCUUUGGCAUAGUUGUUUAUACUGGACACGACACCAAACUCAUGCAGAAUUCCACAAAAGCACCUCUCAAAAGAUCGAAUGUUGAGAAGGUGACCAAUGUGCAGAUCCUGGUGUUGUUUGGCAUCCUCCUCGUCAUGGCCUUGGUGAGCUCAGUGGGGGCCCUGUACUGGAGUGGGUCGCAAGGAGGAAGGGACUGGUACAUCAAGAAGAUGGACACGACCUCGGAUAAUUUCGGAUAUAACCUGUUGACAUUCAUCAUCUUGUACAACAAUCUUAUUCCCAUCAGUCUGUUGGUGACUCUUGAGGUCGUGAAAUACACUCAAGCCCUUUUUAUAAACUGGGACACAGACAUGUAUUAUCUCGGAAAUGACACUCCUGCAAUGGCCAGGACGUCAAACCUUAAUGAAGAGCUGGGGCAGGUGAAAUACCUGUUUUCUGAUAAAACUGGAACUCUUACCUGCAAUAUCAUGAACUUCAAGAAGUGCAGCAUUGCUGGGGUAACCUACGGCCACUUUCCAGAAUUGACCAGAGAAGCAUCCUCAGAUGAUUUUUGCCGGAUACCUCCUCCCCCUAGUGACUCAUGUGACUUUGAUGAUCCUAGGCUCUUGAAGAACAUUGAAGAUCAUCACCCCACAGCUCCCUGCAUCCAGGAUUUCCUCACCCUUCUGGCCGUGUGCCACACCGUCGUCCCGGAGAAGGAUGGAGACCACAUCAUCUACCAGGCUUCCUCCCCAGAUGAAGCCGCUUUGGUGAAGGGAGCCCGGAAGCUGGGUUUUGUCUUCACGGCCAGAACGCCAUACUCCGUCAUCAUAGAAGCCAUGGGACAGGAACAGACAUUUGGAAUCCUUAACGUCCUGGAAUUUUCUAGUGACAGAAAAAGAAUGUCUGUAAUUGUUCGAACUCCUUCAGGCCAACUUCGACUCUACUGUAAGGGGGCUGAUAAUGUAAUUUUUGAGAGGCUUUCAAAAGACUCAAAAUACAUGGAAGAAACACUGUGCCACCUGGAAUACUUUGCCACGGAAGGCUUGAGGACUCUCUGUGUGGCUUACGCUGACCUCUCUGAGCAUGAGUAUGAGGAGUGGCUGAAAGUCUAUCAGGAAGCCAGCACCAUCUUGAAAGACCGAGCUCAGCGGUUGGAAGAGUGCUAUGAGAUCAUAGAGAAGAAUUUACUGUUACUUGGAGCCACAGCCAUAGAAGACCGCCUUCAGGCAGGUGUUCCAGAAACCAUAGCCACGCUCCUGAAGGCAGAGAUUAAAAUAUGGGUGUUGACGGGAGACAAACAAGAAACUGCAAUUAAUAUAGGCUAUUCCUGCCGAUUGGUGUCCCAGAAUAUGGCGCUCAUCUUACUGAAGGAGGAUUCUCUGGACGCAACACGGGCUGCCAUCACGCAGCAUUGCACUGACCUCGGGAAUCUGUUGGGCAAGGAGAACGAUGUGGCCCUCAUCAUCGAUGGCCACACCCUGAAGUACGCGCUCUCCUUUGAAGUCAGGAGAAGCUUCCUGGAUUUGGCGCUUUCGUGUAAGGCGGUCAUAUGCUGCAGAGUGUCCCCCCUGCAGAAGUCCGAGAUAGUGGACGUGGUCAAGAAGCGGGUGAAGGCCAUCACCCUUGCCAUCGGGGACGGGGCCAACGACGUGGGGAUGAUCCAGACGGCGCACGUGGGCGUGGGGAUCAGCGGCAAUGAGGGCAUGCAGGCCACCAACAACUCGGACUACGCCAUCGCGCAGUUUUCCUACUUGGAGAAGCUCCUGCUGGUUCACGGCGCCUGGAGCUACAGUCGCGUCACCAAGUGCAUCCUGUACUGCUUCUACAAGAACGUGGUCCUCUACAUCAUCGAGCUUUGGUUCGCCUUUGUUAAUGGAUUUUCUGGGCAGAUUUUAUUUGAACGUUGGUGUAUCGGCUUGUACAACGUGAUUUUCACAGCCUUGCCGCCCUUCACUCUGGGAAUCUUCGAGAGGUCCUGCACCCAGGAGAGCAUGCUCAGGUUCCCGCAGCUCUACAAAAUCACCCAGAACGCGGAAGGCUUCAACACGAAGGUUUUCUGGGGUCACUGCAUCAACGCCUUGGUCCACUCCCUCAUCCUCUUCUGGUUUCCCAUGAAGGCGCUGGAACACGAUACUCCAUUGGCCAGUGGCCAGGCCACAGACUAUUUAUUUGUUGGAAAUAUUGUUUACACGUAUGUUGUUGUCACUGUCUGCCUGAAAGCUGGUUUGGAGACCACAGCUUGGACUAAAUUCAGUCACCUGGCUGUCUGGGGAAGCAUGCUGAUCUGGCUGGUGUUCUUUGGCGUCUACUCCACCAUUUGGCCCACCAUCCCCAUUGCUCCAGAUAUGAAAGGACAGGCAACCAUGGUCCUGAGCUCCGCACACUUCUGGUUGGGAUUAUUUCUGGUUCCCACGGCGUGUUUGAUCGAGGAUGUGGCAUGGAGAGCGGCCAAGCAUACCUGCAAAAAAACGUUGCUGGAGGAGGUGCAGGAGCUGGAAACGAAGGCCAGAGUGAUGGGAAAAGCGAUGCUACGGGACAGUAAUGGAAAGAGGAUGAAUGAACGUGACCGCCUCUUGAAGAGGCUCAGCAGGAAGACGCCCCCCACUCUCUUCCGAGGAGGCUCCCUCCAGCAGUCUGUCCCUCAUGGGUACGCCUUCUCUCAAGAAGAGCACGGAGCUGUUACUCAGGAAGAAAUCGUACGCGCUUACGACACCACCAAAAAGAAAUGCAAGAAGAAGUAAGAACGUGAGUUGUCCUGAUUGGUCCCAGGAAGGAGAUGCGGUUCGUGGCACGGAGUGUUAACACAGCUCUGGCAGGAGAGACUGGUGUCAGCAGCCGAAACACCAUGCGACACAUUUCCGUGGCCUUAGCCAACCGGUUUGGUAGUUAUCCAGUCCCUUGCAAACCUGCAGUAGCCCCCGCAGGGGCAGCCAUCUUUUCCCCGUCCUGCGUGUCUGCAGUGCUUGGCCUCACUUCCGUUUACAUCGUCACUAAGCGUUCGACUUGCUUUGUGAGGUGUGAAAUUAAAGACGUUACGUUUCACCAACGUUUACACACCAGUGCUAGCUGUUCUGGGAGAAAGCAAGGGGGUUUGAUGUUGCGUGAGAAACCCCCCUUGUGGGCUGGCUGCGGGGGCACACUUACUUCCUGUCAUGCUGACUCACAGAAUUAGGUCCACCGGGUAGCAUGUAAGCUUCAUUGUAGGCAGGCUGAUGUCUCGCUUUGAUUCCUCUGUUGUGUGUGUGAUGUGGGCAUAGACUUCUUGAUUGCAGUGACGUCACAAAGGUGUCUGUCAGCGUGGUAGCCCUGCGAAGGCUCACUCAAGCACUUAUUGGAGCGUGCUCCCCAAUUACAGCAGGGCAGACGGAGGGGUGCGCCAGGGUUCUCCUGCACCCCUCCCGGGUGCUUCUGUGGCCCACUGGCCUUCGUCAUCUCAGACCUUCCGCAUGGCUGACUGCUGUGCUCCUCGCAUGGCCACCGGUGGGCAACCCAAUGAAAUCUGCCCUACUUCCUGUUCUAGCACAGAUUCAGAGACCGAGGUGAGAAACCCACUCUUCCACGCUACCCUCUUCCUCCUAUAACUAAAGAGAAGCAUAGCUCUCCCGCAUACACUGGGAGUGUUUGUCUGCCUCUGUCCCAGGACAGAGAAGCCCGUAGGUCAGUGUGUGGUGGCAUCCCUCCACGGUCCUGCCCUGCCCAGGCUCUUAGUACUCGUCCCCCAACCUCCAGGCCCCUGGACUUUGGCUUCCACUUAAAUUAGACCCGCACGUGCUUUCUUGGGAGUUCGGAGCACAUUUUGGAUUUUCACUGUUGGGGAACCACUGAAUUUAUAGCGUGUCUCCCCCAGUGAAGGGACACCCCUGUCCCUCUGCCACUCUAAAAUCAGAGAAAAUGCGUGAAUCCAGUGGGAGAGUCGGGGAUCCUGAGGCUUGGUGGAGGAAGAAAACCAUCAAAGGAGAAAGCAAGAGGCAAGGCCACAGAGACACUGGGAGGAAGGCGCGAAGGACAUGGCAGCCAAGUCUCAGUGGAGGCUGGACUCACGCCCUGCAGCCCAGGCAGUUGGGACCAUCAGCCUAAUGCAAGCAGGAGGCUGCACGAGACGUUGACGUGCAGUUUUAAUUGAAAAGAACUCCAGACAUUUUAAGGAAAUGCCCAUCUCUGUGUAGAGGAAGUUUCCUCCCUUAUCGAGUAGGUGUUAGAGCCUCUCGGAAAGUCAAGUGUCCUGAAUCUCAGGCAAGGAAGAGAAGCGCUGAGUCACCGACUUUCCAAACUGCCGCCUCCUAAAUUUGGAUGGAACUUGUGAGCCCUCGGGCAUGAAUGUGAGCACGUGGAGCCCUUCAUAAAUGACCAGCCUGGAGGCAUGCUCCCUCCUCCCCGCUUUGGUUGCCAAGCCAGAUUUCUGGAUGGCUUAACAUAAAUACUUCUGGGCAGCUGUUACUGCUUAAAAUGGCACAGCUCUUCAGCGAUGGCUGGGCUAAAUGGGGAAAUAAAACAAUAGUGCACUUUGCUUCCUUAUCCUUUAUUUUUGGAAGUCCACAUCUCACUGGGCAUUGUAAUAACAGAGAGUUAUGAUUUGCUUUGACUUAGAAAACUAAUCCUUCACUCAUGACAUGACCAGGAUUCAGAGAGGGCUUACAGGGAAGCAGAAUACAGUGAGGCUUAAAAAAUUGCUGUUCCCACCUCCCCAAGACGCUAAACCGUUUUUUAAAUGCUAGAGCACCCAGCGAGAUGAAUCACGGAAGGGCUGUCAUGCAGGAAUUACAUGCCCCCCCACCCCCGCAAAAUGUGCCUGUAAUGAACAGGACAGACCAAGGCAAAUGUCUUUAUUGGACACCCAGAGGAUGAUGUCCUAAAUGCAUAGGAGAAAUGAACAUUUGAAUUGAAUGUGCGUUAGGCAUCCUGACCAUUCGGUUUCCUUUGGAACGAAGCCUGUCUGGAAUGGGGAACUCAAACUCAUUCUUUGUCACACUCUUAGUUCUUUCUUUAACUUGAAGCCUUCAGAAUUAGAUUUUUGAAUUACUCGUGUGUGUGUGUGUGUGUGUGUGUGUGUGUGUGUGUGUGUGUGUGUGUGUGUUUGGGCUUUUUGUUUUUUAUUUUUUAAAAAUGCAGCUCAGAUUUUCUGAGGUUUUAGUAUAUAUUCCAAUUCUUUUGAAAAUGGGACUAAGCAGUCUUUGCAGUUAUGAAACAUGCACACAGGAGAAACCAUUAGAUGGGAUACCUUUCUGUUCUCUCGCGCAGCUACGUUCUCUGGUAGCCACAUGACUAAAUUGGGCUUCGAGGAGAAACAGCUGUCACUGUGUGCGAUGUAUAAUAUUUAGCCGUGGCCAGCGCAGCGGCUGUGUCAUCCGUCCUCUCUUCAAAAUUGAGGUCAGAGUGUCACACACAGCCCCUCCCCAGGGAGCAGGGUGGACUGGAGUAAGUUGCAUACUCUAGCUGUCAACUCAGUGGAAAUGCCACAUGGGACUUGUCACUCCGCCACAUGGUAAGUGACAUACAGGCUGGCAGGUCAGACUUGGUCAGCACUACAUGGCCUAUAAGUAGCAGCAUCCACCGAGGCCCGGCCCUGGUCUGGUUUAUACACAGACUGCCGACUCUCAUUGGAGUCUGUGUUCCAUUCUGGCUGACUCCACAGAAGGAAAAGACCGGCCAUUCCACGCCCUGAGUUUUGAGUUCCACUACAUACCAGCACGGGCGGGCAAGGGCGGCUCUGGAAAGCGCACCUUCAAAAGGCAGGAUAGGAGACCAGACUAAACCAGCCGUUUCUGCUCGGCUGUCUGGAUUAGCGCUCCCUUGCCGGUCAGAAUGGGCUUUGUCACAAUUUGGGGAUGUGGCUGAUGUGUCCAUCCUGUCUCUCUGCAAAAUAGUCAGGGCUUCUUGAUCAGCUUUAUGUUCUCCCAUCUCCCAAAAACGUGAUCAUUUUGGGGGGAAUCAGUAGAGCGUACAAAACCCGCGCUUUGGAGACAGGAGAUGCCGUCGCUUUAACAUCCACGGAGUAAUAUCCUAAAUCUUGAACCUGAGUUUUGGCUGGGCAAGGCUGGGAAUUCUGUUGGCGGUUUCUUUCCCUUGACAGGGCUUCAGGUCUUGUUGUAGGGAGCUGGCAGUGACAAUCAGUGAUAACUUGUCAAGAAGCAGUGAAUAGUGAAAAAGAAAAAGCACGUAUGAGUAACUAAUGUCUAAAAUGCAUAUAGAUGUAUAUAUUAUAGGCGUUUAGAUGGAAUUUUUUUAAAAGAAGACUAUAGUCCAUAAUCUAUAUCUGUUACAACAGUGGCCCUUGAUCUCCUUUUUUGAAGAGGAUCUUCUAUCACAUUUCUGUUCCUAGGGAUUUAUGUCUCAGACCACAAGUCAAGUAGAAUGUUUGCAAAAUUCUGCUACAGGAUGAGGUAGUCUUUCGUCUUGAACAUGUGAAGGAAGUGUGCACGUUUCAGCUGGCAUCCGGACCACUACCAAGGGUCAUUGUCCCAAAGUAAUUCAAGGAGUGAUUUCGCCUCAGCGUCUGAAAUGUAGACUUCGUCUCCUGGAGUCCGUAAAAAUGGCGGACAGGGGGAAAUCUGGUUAAGCAGAACCCGAAAUAAUAACCUGGCAAAGAAAUGAGUUUAUGGGGUCAAAUUAAAGGACGGCACCCCCCCUCACAUCCAUCAACUACUUUCUUCAUGCAAAUGCUUAUAUUAGCAAAUACAGUAGUGAUAGAGAUGGUGGAAAUAAAGCCCUCCCCACUAAAAAGGAAAGGCAGACAUCCUUUGGCCUUGCUGCGGGUUCUCCAUUGGCUCAACGUGGUUGUUGGUCUUAGUAUGGCCUUGGGAGAGAUUAUUUAGACUCAUCCUAGCCAGUUUCCCAUCCUCAAAGGCGAGGAGGAUGGUUACAGGGGUUUCCAUGGGGUUGUAGAGGUGAGAGUUCAAGAUCCCCCAUGAUGGUAUAUUAAGAAGCGUCCCCAAAAGGAAUAGACCCGGAAUACUCGAUGUGUGGUAGCCUUCAUUUAUUUUUUUUCUUAGCAUCCCAAUAGGGUGCUCCUGUGCAACGGUACACAUUUCCUUCGAUAGUACCUGAGCUUCGCCGAAUGCCACACCUCAACUUGCACUCCAUUUGAAGCUCUCUCUUAGCUUGUUGGAUACGACCUUGGCAAACCAGGAUGCAGUGUUCCAUGCAAAAGGCCACUGAGGCCAACAUAGUGUUCAGAAGCUACAAAAAAGGGGGGGCAGAAAUAGGGGGGCUCGCUCACCCUGCUACCCCGCCCCAAGCAAAAUUCAGGGUUGUUAAUUCUGACAGACACCUGUGCUCCCCUGACCGAGAGGGGACAAAAGAGUGAUUCUUUUACACCCAGGCUGGCUCCUUUUCAAUGACAGUCUCUCACCCCAGUUGCCUCCGAGGCAUCCACUCGGCUCCUUCUCUCAGGCUCCAGCCCAAGAAAAACACCAAGCUCACAAGAUUAGCCCAUCGGCAUUUCUUCUGACCUGGCUAAAGAAAGAAAGGAGAUGUGUUCCUUUUAAAAGUCAGGAACGGAAGUGUCAGGUGGCUUUGAUUUAUGACAGAAAUAGGAAGAAGAAAGUUGAGGUAAUAGCGCUCUCCAAACAAGCCUGCCCAGGAAACCGAGCGGUCAAGAGAGCUUAUCAAGAGCCUUUUAUAGGCAGGCUCUUCAGUGUGGCAGAGAAGGGGCCAGAAGGAGGGGGGAAGCCUGAAGGUGAGGAUGUGAGCCCACUUGCAAUGGGAUUCGAUUCAGCCAUAUCCGUAAAGAUAGCCACGCAGCUACAGGUGGAUUACUGAACACCGGUUUAAAAACGGAAGAAGAGAAUCUGCCCUCCCGUCGGGUGUCUCUCCUUCCCGCGAGAUCCCUGCACAAAGCAGCUACUUUCCGGGUUUUUCGUGAAUAAAAUCAGUGCGUGCGCGGACACACGCAUUCCUCCACCUUCUUUCUCCCGCGUUGCCAGUGAUCGCCGAGUUCAGAAGCGCGCCCCCUGCUUCCGCGGGGGCCUCCCUCUGCAGGGCCCUUGCUACCAGCCGCCGCCAGCCAGCUGCAGGGGUGAGGCCCCGGGGGCCGCCAGGAGCAGCGGGGUCUGAAGCCUGCCUGCAGUGUCGUUGCUGCAGGCCCCCGAAUUGCUUGAGUGCAGCAUCUUUGUGGUGUCUUUCUCCUGCGAGCAGAGCCACGUGCCCCCCUGCGUGCCGUCACGUCUGUGUUCCGAUUGCCUAAAUAUUGUUUGCGACAGGGAGGUUUUAAUCUGGUUAUGCAGAGGGGAUCGGGGCUGUGGGGGCACGUUUAAUUGGCUCCCAGCAGAGUAGCGAGCGCGUCUGUGGAGUGUGGGGAUUUUUUGUUCCCUCCCUCUAGAAGUGUUACCAUUUUCACGUCUUGUUAAUGUCCCCUGGUUGUUAAAUUACAGCCGCACAUUACAGCGGAGCCGGGUGCCCUCCUGGAGUGAAUACAAAUGAAGGGCAUUUACUUGUAUUUUUAGAGGUUUGGGAAAAUGUAGUGAUUUGUGGCUUUGAUCAAUCCUGUUGACUGGUAUAUGUCUGCACAAACCUGUUUCAAAUAAAUCUUUUGUUAAAGUAAA